GCAGAAGGAACAAAUUUCCUUCCCUCAUCUCCCCGUUCCUGGUUUCUUACUCCCCAAGAUGAACGAAUUUCAGAAACAAUCAAAUUACCCCAAAACCCAACACCUUCUCUAUCCUCAUCCGUCCAAACCAAUUCCUGCAACCAAGUUCAUUAUAGUUUCAGAACCCUAGAAAUUUUCCCUCUUUCGUACGGCUAAGAGUGGUUGUUCUUUUUUUUGGUUCCCCGUCAAUGGGUAGUUCGUCGGAGACCAAGGUCUUGCAGGAGCUGCUGCUAUACGCAGCGAGCGCGGCCUUAAGCUGUCUUGUCCUGUUCGUCGGGCUCCGCCAUCUCGACCCCAAUAGGGAGGCUACGAAGAAAGCCGUUGAACAGAAGAAGGAAAUCGCCAAGCGCUUGGGUCGUCCUCUUAUACAGACCAAUCCUUACGAGCAGGAUGUGAUAGCUUGUGAUGUUAUAAAUCCUGAUCGCAUUGAUGUGGAAUUCAAUUCUAUUGGCGGAUUACACAACAUCAAAGAAGCAUUAUAUGAACUUGUCAUUCUUCCACUCCGGAGACCUGAACUUUUUUCACAUGGGAAGCUUCUGGGUCCUCAGAAGGGGGUCUUGUUAUAUGGACCUCCAGGUACAGGAAAGACGAUGCUUGCUAAAGCUAUUGCAAAAGAAUCUGGUGCUGUUUUCAUCAAUGUUAGGGUUUCAAAUCUGAUGAGCAAGUGGUUUGGUGAUGCUCAAAAGCUUGUUGCUGCUGUGUUUAGCCUUGCUUAUAAACUCCAGCCGGCGAUCAUAUUCAUUGAUGAGGUCGACAGCUUUCUGGGACAGCGGCGUUCUACAGAUCAAGAAGCAAUGGCAAAUAUGAAGACUGAGUUCAUGGCUUUGUGGGAUGGUUUCACAACAGACCAGAAUGCAAGAGUGAUGGUGCUAGCUGCUACUAAUCGUCCAUCUGAACUCGAUGAGGCAAUACUUCGACGCCUUCCACAGGCCUUUGAGAUUGGAAUGCCCGACCGCAGGGAGAGGGCUGAUAUAUUGAAGGUGAUUUUGAAGGGCGAGUGUGUUGAACGUAACAUCGACUUCAACUAUAUAGCAAGUCUUUGUGAUGGUUACACAGGUUCUGAUCUUUUUGAACUCUGCAAGAAGGCUGCUUAUCUUCCUAUUAAGGACCUACUGGACCAGGAGAAGAAGGGCAAGAAACAUCAAGAACCACGUCCAAUGACCCAGACAGACCUUGAGAAAGUUCUGGCUACAUCGAAAAGGACAGGAGUAGCGGCAACUGAGUACAACAGGUCAAGCUCUCAAUCUCCUGGGUGGCCCAGGCAGUCUUCGGACGACGAUGACCAUGUUCACGCUACAAUAAAUCAGCUGUCUAAGCUUGUAGUUUCCCAAAUCUUGAAUCUUCAACCAGAUUCUCGGGACGAGGUGAAUGAGGAACAUUAGUAACAUUAUUCCCCCGUUACGCCUAAGCUUUCGAGACCAUGGGAAAUUUUGUCCUGUCAACUACAAUGAUGCAACUGACCGGUCAGGUUAUAUGAGGCGGGUGGUCGUAGCCUCUGUAGAAGUUAGAAUCUUUCUUUCUUAUGGUUGUAUUACAUGUUCACGUGUAAGAAUAGAAGCUAUAUUAUAUAUGCCAGGAUUCCAGCCAUUGUUAUCCCAUUUUUGCAGUGUAGCGUAUCCUUCUGAUUCGGUUUAAACUAAUGGUUGGUCUGAUUCGGAAAUGGAUUUUACAGUUCAUUGUGGAGGCUUGUUGCAGUCAGCCUGUGGUGAGUUCGUGCUGGUGAGUG